UAGAGCUCAACUACGCAUAUCAAAUCCCACUUGAAAAAAAAUAUCUGCAUUACUUUCUUUAUUUCUUCAAGAUCCUGGGUCAUGUGCUUAUUCAACAAGCCGUCAGACUUCAUUUGGACCAAUACCUUUGACGAAAGCAGAACAGGAAGGGAGAAAGAAGGGAAGUAUUAAGAGAAAACAUCGAACCUAGAUUAAAAAAAUAUACAUCUCUGUGCCAUUUCACGAGGAAGUAAGCGCUCUAUGAGUAAGAGGGACUCGGCGCUGCAGCAAACAACCCCACACAGAGCAGCUAGCAGCAUAUUGUUGCCGGAUAACAUUUGGCAAGACAGGAAACGAGAGAAGCAGAGAGAGCGAACCAGUGAAGGCACCGACUACUUUGACAUCCUUAGCAACGACGUCUCAAAGAUAGCAGUGAACCGGAAGCGAAAAAAGGUGGGAUCUCCUACUAAGACAAUUUAGUUCUAAUUUGGAUUUAUGCGUCCUUGAGAGGAGAAGCGUGAGUCACACAUCUUUCACAUCUAGAAAUGGGCAUCGAGGAGAAAGAUGUUGAGGCUUCAGCUCAACAACCACUGAAGGAGCAGGGAUUACCAGAGAGAGAAAAGGAAUUGUCUGGAGAGCCUCCCCAAGGACAAACCUCUGAGACCACCGACCCCCUGCACACGUACAAGUGGCACACCGGCUCCAAGGGGAAACUCAAUGACCCGAAAGAAGAUGGGGAUGAAGGAACAGCUUCCUGCACAUCUACUAUCGACAAGAGCCAGAAGACCUCCACCAACAAAUGGAGCAAGAUGCAGAACUGGCGCAAGGCCCUGAGCGAGGACCCUGGAGACAAACAUUCAUCCGGUGGGAAAGGCGGCGAUGGAGUCAAGCCGGAUAAAGGUGCCAGAAAGAACCCCUUCAGAAGGGCUCUGUCGGAGCCUCCGGGGUCACUUUUUGCAGCCAUGUCCACUUCCUCCAGCUCUGCCGGCUCAGCUCAGGCAGCAUCACCGGCAGCCGCUACAGAGGCCCCAGGGGUCUCCUCCACCACCGAACCCUCCCAGAGAGCAGGCGGAGGGGCGCUGCUUAAAAAGUACCUGAGGACGGUGUCCCAAAAGCUAAAAAGGCCCAGGCUGCAGAGCCGGAACAGCACCCCAGCAUUACUGCAAGAUCUGGAGGAGGACCUACCUGCUCAACUCCCAAGACUACAUUGGGCCCCGGCUCAGGAGCUGCCCUUGUGGGACAUUAGCAACUGCAUCCUCGAAGAUGGACAAAUUCUAAUUUCUCCGGAUGAAGAGCCAAUGAUGUGGACACGAAACCGAGUCAGCAGCUGCCUGUCCAACCUCAGCAUGCAGAACCUUAUUGAUAUCGACACAGAAUGUAGCCCUGAACAUGCGGGGUCACCAGGUGGCGCUCGACCAAAGAAUCAAGAUGGCGGUGUGAGGGCACUGAUCAAGCGGCGUCUCGAGAACAGGGCCAAGAGGAACAGCAACAGCCAAAAUAACCCUAAAGGACUAAACAAAGGAAGCAGGCACUACGGUUCCCGGGAGUCUGUUUCAAUUCCAGUCAGUGCAUUGGGGAGUCUAGAUCUGAGUGCAGACACAAGCACGGUCAUCCGGCCGGUCCACAGCUCCAUUUUGGGGGAGAAGUACUGCUUUGAGGUGAUAAACUCAGAGAACACCCAUUGCUUUGGAUGCUCCUCUGCUGCCGAACGUGAUCGAUGGAUUGAAGACCUGAGAAGGGCUGCCCAACCCAACAAGGAUAACAUCGAGCGCACAGAGAACUCCCUCAAUCUGUGGGUAAAUGAAGCCAAGGACCUGCCAUCCAAACGGAGUUAUUACUGCGAGGUACACCUGGACGGCACCCUGUUCGCCCGCACCAGCAGCCAAGCUGUCGGCAAGCCACCCGAUCGCUCAAGCCUUGCGGGAGACAGCUCUACUGGGUCUUCAGGAGGUCUGGGAGCCAGUGGAGGUGUGGUAGGAGGGUGUCAGCUAUUCUGGGGUGAAUUCUUUGAGCUAGACAACCUGCCCUGUGUGUCCCAAAUCACACUGCACCUCUUCCGAGAAGAAGACCCCAAGAAAAAGCGCCACUCAAGAGAUGAAUCCAGCCUGCACCCGCUGGGCAGUGUGGCCAUACCUUUAGCGGAGAUACAAGGGAGAACCUAUCAGGAGAAAUGGUAUCCAAUUACCCCAUACAAGGCCUCAGGCACAGUAGGGAGCAAAGAACUGCUGGGUCCACAGGCUUCACUCCGCAUCAAGGCCCGUUUUCAGAAUUUGAGAGUGUUGCCCAUGGAGAAAUACAAAGAAUUUGCCGAGUAUGUGACUGUGGAUUAUGUGGAAAUGUCCAGAAAUCUGGAGCCACUUCUGAAUGUCAAGGCAAAGGAAGAGCUGGCAGGAGCUCUGGUCCAUGUGCUGCAGAGCAUUGGCAAAGCCAAGGAAUUCCUCCUCGAUCUGGGCAGUGCAGAGGUGGAGCGUCUUGGGGAGAAGGAGGCAAUGAUCUUCAGAGAGAACACAUUGGCCACUAAAGCCAUAGAUGAGUACAUGAAGCUGGUCGGCCAAAAGUACCUCAUUGUCACACUAGGGGACUUCAUCUCCCGUCUUUACGCCUCGGUGGAGAACUGUGAAGUUGACCCUCGUAAAUGCCAUGGCUCUGACUUGUCAAACAACCAGAAGCAGCUGAUGGAAGCCUGUGAGGAGGUGGUGCAGAAGAUUAUUGAAACCCACGGACCCUUUCCUGAAGAGUUAAACAAGAUCUUCUCUAGCUGGGUGGAGCUGUGUGAAGACCAGGGCAGACCGGAGAUUGGCCAGCGUCUCAUCUCGGCUUCUCUCUUCCUUCGAUUCUUGUGCCCUGCUAUCCUCAGCCCUUCCCUCUUUGGCCUGGCGCAGCCAUAUCCAGAGCCAAACAUCUUGCGUACCCUCACCUUAACUGCCAAAGUCAUCCAGAAUCUGGCCAACUUCACCCUGUUUGGAGAGAAGGAGGAGUACAUGAGCUUCAUGAAUGAAUUCCUGCAGCAGCACUGGGACGGAAUGAGAGGUUUUCUACAAACAGUGUCAAAUUCAGACACAGAGAUCCCAAUGUCUUCCUUCGAUGGCUAUGUGGAUCUGCCUCUACGCUUGGCUAUUCUCCAUGGCCUUCUGGUGGACAUCAUCCAUCAGAGGGACCAGGACACAAUUGAAAAGCUGCACCCUCUGCCUUCAAUUCUGAAUCAGAUUACAGAGUCACUUGGUCCAGAAACACAUCGGAUCAUGAUUAGCAGCCACAUGGGACCAGCCAAGCCAAUGUACAUUCCUCCUAAAGACUUGGCUAAGUACAGCCCUCACCAAUCAUCCCUCCAACAGCUUCCUUUGGACUCCAAAUCUCUACGAGAUGUGGAUGGCCGGACUCGAAGGAGUAUGAAAGCGAGGAAACCAGUCACUAGAACUCAGAGUGCUCCACACAGACGUCCAGGUCAAGCAAAACAUACCUUGAAGAGGCAGACGAGUUCUGAAACUCUGCCGACAGCUGACAAUGAGCAAGAGAUGAAGACCAACCAACCACUUAUCUCAUCACCAAAUACUAUUGGCAGUAUCAAACGUUCACCUGCGCCAGUUCCAUGGAUCAAAGUCAGCCACAAAAGGGAGUCAAGUGAGAUGAAGCCUGAGAAUGAGCCGUUCAACUUGCUCGAUAGGCAUGCCCAGGAGCUAUCAGAGCUCCGCCUGGGGAUAGAGCAGGUAACCGAGCGUGAGCUGGACAUGGCAAAGCGCCUGGAGGACUUCAUUAUCCAAAGCCAGGACCAGAAUGUAAUGCUGCAGGCUGAGGUGACCGAGAUCCGGAAUCAACUGGCUGUCCGCGAAGAUCAGCUCGCCAGUGCCACCUUCAGACUUGGUGUGAUUGAGGAGGAGAGGGAGGAAGAUGAGAGGAAGCUAAAUGUUGCCAUUGCAGCAGCCGAGAGAAUGAACAUAAUGGAGGAGCAGUUUGCAGUCCUGCUGAAGGACCUUCAACAACUCAGAGAGGCCAACAGCGGUGGCCAAAACCACACACCGAGUCCUGAAAAGUCACUCAUCAACAGCAACUGAAUUCCAACAGUAAAAGGAUUUAAAGUUGCAGUAUAAUACAUUUGUGAAAAUACACACAAAGUCACAGCACCUGUAAGUCUAUUUUAUGAACAGAUUUAGAACAGAUUUGAGGAGAAUAUGAUUUGUCUGCAUUUCAGCUUUCACUGUAUCCAGGCUGCAGAUGUGCAACUUGUAAACGUUUUCUGAUGAAUAAAGGAAAUGCUAAAGUUUU